CGUGACUACUAUCCAUAGCUGAAGACAUCGUGGGUUCAUCAAAGGAUAUCAUUUCAAUCCGCGAGAGAAAGUACAUAGAAUGUCAAAAAUAACACAGAUCGUUGAUCGAAGUGCCGCGACGGCAUGGAGCCCGGUUUCGGAAUACGCCAGUGUAAUCGCUUUGGGAGUCAAGGUGCGUGACCACGCCGAUGCCAAUGACUUGCUGGGAAUCUCGGGCAAYAAGGAGAAGUMUUGUAAAUCUUGUUUGCGGCUCUGACACAUUGUUGCCUCUAUCCAUCCGUCUAUCUACACUCUAGGAUUCCGGUGGGGUUAGCUUCGAAGAAACCGGCGGCGAGCUGGAACUUUAUGACAUGAACUUGCUAAACCAAAAGGAACCGACAAAGCUUGGGUCGAUCAAAACCCAGAGUCGAUUUGCCUCAUUGACGUGGUCCGAUGCGAAUCCAGAGAAAUACCCUCUUGGACUGAUUGCCGGGGGAAUGGAAAAUGGGUCUGUUCACGUAUGGGACCCAAGAGCAAUCUUACAACCGGARUCGACAAGAACGGCGCCUACSAUUUUGUCGUUUUCCCAGCAUGUUUCAGGCCCAGUAAAAUCGGUUCAAUUUAGCCCAUUGGUUCCGUCACAACUAGCAACGGGAGGAAGCGAUGGAAAGGUCCUGAUUGUAGACCUGAACGAACCAAAAUCUCCGCCGUUUAUGCCUUGUGCCAACAGUAGUCAGCAGCGAUCUCAAAUUACGUCCCUCGCUUGGAACACCCAGGUUGCCCACAUUGUAGCAAGUGCAGCAAGAGAUGGGACCGUAAGUAUCUGGGAUAUCAAAAGUCGAAAGGUCUGGUGUGAUCUCCAAGCUGGUGAUCAGGCCAUAUCCGACGUGGAAUGGAAUCCAACACAAGGCUUCCAUCUGCUAACCGCAUCGAACGACGACCGGAACCCUCUCAUUAAAUUGUGGGACCUGAGAUCUUCAACAACCAUGCCACUUGCUACGUUGACUGGYCACAGCCAAGGAAUUUUAAGUAUGUCGUGGUGCCCUCACGACGAACACUUGUUGCUUUCGUAAGUGUCAGCACUAGUCGAAGAUCUCACCACGUUUAAUUUGGUAUAACCUGCUCACGAUUGUUGCAUUCGUUUUGCGCAUCCAACCAAUUCUUCAUAGUACUGGGAAAGACAACAGAACUAUACUUUGGGACCUUUAUACUAUGGCACCUAUUGGUGAAAUACCCACUGAUUCUAUCGAAUCACAACAAGCGUCUGGCACAAACGAACAGAGCAUGUUUGGACUCGCAUCUUCGCAACAGCUAAGGUWCGAUGUGAAGUGGUCUCCAAUCAACCGGGGAAUAGUUUCAACYGCUUCCCUUGAUCGCAAAGUGCAAGUGCAUUCGAUAUUGAACUUAGCAGCUGCAGGUCGACCUCCAAAAUGGAUGCGCCCCAGUAGUAGUGUUUCAUGCGGAUUCGGUGGAGUGAUAGUGAGUUGCGGUGCAACCGAUAAAGUCGUUCGUAUCCGCACCGUAGCAGAAGAACCUGAAUUGGAAAAGAUAUCGAGAAAGUUCGAAACUGCGUUGAAUUUGGAGAAUAUUAUUGCCGUUUGCAACAGCAAGGCCAUAGCGGCUAAGAAUGAUUUGGACGAAAGACAACUUUGGCAAUUCAUGSAAGUAAUUUUUGAYGCAGACGCUAGACAGCAACUCCUAAAUACACUUGGUUAUGAUCCUACCAUCAUUGCCRCAAAGGUAUCGGCAUACCAAGAAGAAAGCAAUGGCUGUAGCAAGACAAAGUCCGAAAUGWCGUUAGCGACUCAAAAUAUCGUGAAGGAGUCGUUGAUGGUUGGAAAUUUCGAUGCUGCCGUUGACUGUUGCUUCCGGACUGRAAAUUUCGCUGAUGCUCUUCUCUUGGCAUCGUGUGGAGGUGGCGACUUGUGGGCAAAAACACAAGAACGAUACUUUGCAAGUCARUCGCAAAAGCGACCGUUUUUAUCCGUAGUGGGAGCAAUUAUCCGCCAUGAUCUUGCAAGUCUUGUGCAAGACUCUGAUUUGGGAAAUUGGAAGGAGACUCUUGCAAUUUUAUCCACCUAUUCAAAGUCCGAAGAGUUUCCACCUUUAUGUGUUGCUCUCGGUGAAAAGCUCGAGGCUGCUGGUGACCAUUCRAAUGCUUCUCUGUGUUUUAUGUGUGCGUUGAGUUUGAAUAAGGCUGUGAAGUAUUGGAGGAUGCAACUAACGAAACAAAAUGCAAGCGAAGGAAGCAAACUGAAUUUGAAAGCAAUCCACGACUUCGUAGUCAAGGUUGCUGUUUUCCUUCAAGCAGCUGGAUCAUCUGAAAGUCUAGACGCAGAAUUUGAGGAAAUAUUUUCCAUUUAUGCUGAAAAACUUGCGGAGCAAGGCCUUCUAGUCACAGCUGCAAAAUAUUGCAAAGGAAAUUCGACAAGCAGCAAAAUUUUGCGGGAUCGAUUGUACCGAAGUAAAGCAAGCCAAAAAUGUUUGGCGGCUAUGGGAGGUAUUGCUCCCGAAUUUCCAUUUAGCCUGGCGGAUGUGAAGCAAAAUCAAAGAGCUGCAACGAGCAAUUCGCAGGCGGGGCAAAAUAGAAGUUACGGGAGAACUAAAGAAAGUAAUAGCAUGUCCCGUUCUAGAGGUGGGAAUACCGCCUAUGCGCAGACGAAGCAUACUAACAGUUUACAACAAACCCAAGCUCCUGCUCCUACUCCAGUGUCAGCGUUACCCACUGGAUGGAUAGAGUUAGUGGACCCAAGCAGUGGUCGGCCCUAUUAUGCGAACCAGGCCACUGGAGAGGUCAGCUGGGACAAACCACAAGCAGCACCUGUUCCAGCGCCUACACCUACUCCHGUUGUCCCACAACCAACUCCACAGGUCAGGGCUAAGCCCACCUCUGCAAAAACGAAAAAUGCGAAGAUGGCUUCGAAAUAUGGUGAUGGUUUCGUUACAUCCGCUUCUCACCCUGAAUUGGCAAGUCAAUAUGGUAAUGUUGGUACAUCUAACCCCUACCAUACUACUGGAAGGCCGGGAACAGCAACCGUAGGCACUUCAGAUCAAGGCAAGGCCCCAGUGUCUGGAAAUCUGGAUACUAUGCCUGCUUUGAGAGACGAGUACCAACCCAUUCCUGACACAUUGCUGGCACUCAUUGAAGCUCUCAAAGGAGGGCAACUAAGCUCCGUCGAUAAACGUCAGUUGACAGAAGCUCAGAAAGCGGUUGCAAUCUUCUCGAAACGACUCGCUCUUGGAGAUAUUUCUGAUGAUACUGCCAACCAAAUGCUUACAAUUAAGAACCAGCUUUCCGAGUAUGAUUGGUCUUCGGCGUCAGCAACGAUGUCUUCACUCGUGACGAAUGAAUGGAAGGAGCACAAAGAAUGGUUGAAAGGUAUCAAAUCAUUAGUGCAACUUGCUACAAAGAUGUACUCUCGUUAAUAGAUUUUAAUGAAAAGCCCUAACAAAA